AUGGGUGUUUCUUCAAAACCAACAUCAAGGAAACAUUUCCGAUCCAUUACUUUGCCAUGCAGAUCUCAUCCGAGCACCGAUAGAAUCCAGAAAGUGCUGAAUAAGGUCAAAACAUGGGAGUCAAUAUCAUCGUUAUCCAAUCCAUCAGCAGAGAUCGUUUGCAGCGGUUUGUCUCAACUGACAGAGUUGWAUGAAUGCUUGGAUGACCUUUUCAAAACAUCUCUCUCCCAAAAUCUGUCGAUAUCCAGCAACMAKACCACGAAAUKKAYGGAUGAGUUACUCGACGCAUCUGUCAAGUUCUUGGACAUUUGCAGCAYUACWACUGAYGUCAUGUCGCAAACUAAAGAGCACGUGAGAGAUCUCGGAUGUGAUUUAAGGAGGAAGGGURCGGGUUCCAGCAUUGAAAGCACCACUGCMAAAUACAUUGUAUUYAGAAAUAAAYUGAGAAAAGACAUAAAAGGAUCGGUGGCUAGUUUGAAGCAAAUGGAUAACAUGAUCUGCKGCUGUCGCUUCAAGGAAGAUGAUUCUGAAAACCACCAUCUGAAGUCGGUGAUCCRAGCAUUUAGAGAUGUUAAAGCRUUUASCAUUGUUAUUUUCCGGUUGUUGUUGGUGUUCUUGGCUACCCCACUUUUGAAGAGAAGGCCAGGAAGCAGAUGGACAGCUGUUUCAAGAUUUCUAUCUAGUGGUAAAGUGGUUCCUGAUCAAGAGAAUGCUGAUGAUUCUAAUGCGAAUGAGUUGCAACGCCUUGAUGCUGCACUAUUCAGAUACCGUACCAGUGACAAACAGGAAUUCAUACAAAUCGUAAAAAAGAAAAUAGAGGUGUUGGAGGCCACUCUUGAAGGCGUCAACUCUCAUUUGGAUUUAGUGUCCAAGCGCCUGAUUGCAACGAGGGCCUCUUUGCUUAACAUGAUCUCUUUCUACUAA